AUGUCUAAGUAAAAUAAAGGAUAAAAUCAAAAUUAAGAUGGAUUAACAUAGGAAUUGGAUGCUUAACGAAGAGACCUUAUGAAAGCAAUAUCGACUCAUAAAAAUAUGAAAGAUCGUCUUGAUAGAAUGUAACUUCUUGUAAUAGGAAUUUAGGGAAAAUGAGAGAGAUAAAUUUGGGAAUGAGAAUGUAGAGGUGAAAAGGAAACUAUCUGAUGAAAAAAAAGAAUUAAUAGAUUUGAUUGAAUUUCAUAAAAAGGAAAAGGAAGAGUUGAGAGAGGAAAAACAAAAAAUUGAGUUUGAGUAUGGGGUGUUACAAAGGAAAAUGGCUGAUAUAGAUGAAGAUUAUAGUAAGAUGAAGUAUUUAUUGAACUAGAAAAAAUGAUGGAGAAAUAAAGACAACUCUUUGAGGCAGAUAAAUAACCAUUAUUAGAUAAAAUAAAAUAUUUAGAAGCCCGAUUAGAGAAGAUUGAUAGUUUUCUACAAACAAAAGCAGACUUAGAAAAUGAGAGAGCAAAAUUGAUAGAAACAUUAGCAUAAGAAAGGAAAGAUAAAUAAAGAGAAUUGGCAGAUAAAGAGAAAGAAAAAGUUAAAGAAACAGGUAAUGAAAUUAUUAUGUAUUUAUAUAGAUCAAUUAAAGAAAGAAAUGCUUCAUAAAAUUCAAGAAACAAAGUCAUCAUUGUUGGCAUUAAAAAAAGAAUAAUUAGAAACUACAACUAGAUUAACAGUUUUACAAAAUCAUUAACUGACUACAGAAUUAGAAUAUCAAUCAAAAUAGACAGAAAAAUUAUUAUUUAAGAAUUCAAAAUUAUCAGAAUAAGUAACAAGUUUAAAGAGAGAUAUAGAAAUUCAUAAAUAAGUUGAAUAAGAAUUAGCAAAGAGAUCUCAUUUUUCAUAGAAAUUAAUUAAGAAAUUGACAGCAAAGAUUAAAGAAUUAGAAGACUAAUAAGAAUAAUAAUAAUUAGAAGAAUAGGAAUAGAAUCCAUAAUAGAAAGAAAUUCCUUAAGAGGUUGAAAAGAUGAAAGAAUAAGAGUUUAUUUAAUUAGAAAAGAAAAUAGCAAAAUUAUAAAAUGAUAAUGAUAUUUUAAGAAAUGAAAAUAAUCAUCUUCUUACAAGAUUAGAUACUAUAAGAUUGGAAGAGAAUAAAUUUGCUAAUUUAUCAGUUAUUUUAGCAAGUAAUUUGGAAUAUUUAAAGAAUAAUUCUAAUGAAGAUAUAAAAGAUGUGAUAGAUUUAUAGGAAUUGUAAAUGAUAAUUAUUAUUAUUGUUUAGACGAGAGAAGAGUGUUAAUGAUUGGACAUCAAAUUAAAAAACUGCAAUAAUGAGUAUUCUAUUAAUGUAAGCUUAACAAUAUCUUACAAAAAAGAAUUUAAAUUUGUCAGAUACUAAUUAAAUGAAUAUUAAUAAUACUAUGGCAGAGAAUGUCACAAUAGUAGAUAAUGCAAAUAAAUCAGUCUAAUUGCCAAGUAUCUCAUAAAUUUUAUAGUGAAGAAAUAAAAUAAGAUGAAGAACAAACAUCCCAAUAAGUCUCAAAAAGAUUUUAAGGUGUCUCACUAGAUAUUAGUACUUAAAUAGUGAAGAGUAAUUUGAGAGAUUGGGGUAAACCGGCAGCAUCAUAGCAAUCCAGCUAGUUAUCCAGAAAAUAUAAGUUAAAAUGA